AUGUACAAGGCAGCGUGCUGGCUUCACUCACCCACCGUGGCCUCUGCAGGUGAGAUCAUCACACAACAAAACCAAGCCGAUCUACGCUCAUCCUAUGAGAACUUUGGCGUCAGCGAAGUCCUCAAGCUUCCAGCAGCCGUUGGGAACGUCUAUCUCGGCCAAACCCUAUCCUGCCUCAUUUCCGUGCACAACGAGGGCAGCGAGAGCGUGAGCAGCAUCGUCACCAAGGUGGAGCUGCAGACAGGGUCCAAGCGCACCUCCCUCAAACCCACUCUCACUGGUGAGCGCAAGGGGCAGGAGGUCGGGCCCAUCGGCAAGCUCGCCCCUGGCCAGGCCAUUGAUCAAAUAGUCGAAUAUCAACUGCAGGACCCAGCCGUGCACAUCAUGGUGUGCAUCCUGGCGUACACCUCGCAAGACGGUGAUCGAAAGCAACUACGCAAGCAUUUCAAGUUUGAAGUCACACAACCGUUGGAAAUUGUACCUCUCUGCAAAACCCUCAAGGAUGAUGUCAUGGUCCAAGUGAAUGUGCAAAACAUUGCCAAGGAGCCCCUGAUCCUUGAAUACGUGCGCAUGACACCAACAAAGGUCUACACUUGCGAAGAAACCGAUGAGCCACCCAGCCCCGACCAGCAGCUGCCCGUCAGCAAAACACGCAAUCGCAUAUUUGUGCUCAAGCCUCAGCCAACGGUCGAUGCACGAACGUUCAAGCAAAGCGCCAAGGUGGGCCAAGUCAUGGUUUCUUGGCGUGCCAUGCGAGGCGGCCGCGGCUACACCAGCAUUGCCACGAUUCAGCGAAGGGUGCCCACCCUAAAUGAUGUGCACCUGGACGUGUUGGAUCCGCCCGACUCGGUGCAAGUGGGAACUCUCUGCACGCUACGCGUGCGCAUCAUCAACUUUACCGACCGGCAGUAUACCCUGGGCUUGAGCUACAAUCCAGAGCAGGUGACGGAACUGGUGGUUAUGCCUCUGCGCACGGGCUCUCACAAACUACAAAACGUCCUUCUGAAAGACAUCCGCAGUGGAAGCCACUUUACAACAAACUUUCCUGCGAAUGCACCUUUGCGUGAUCUUGUAGCUCCUGGUGCUGCCCACUGCGCUCAGUGCCGCCUCAGUCCCAAUGGUGUAACAUACGAGGCGGCACGGGAGCAAGCGUGGCACACCAUCAAUCGAGGGUUGAUAAGAUUACAAGUCGGAACCGAGAUUCAUCGCAACAAUUCUAGUGCGCCAUCGACUGUUCGCAAGAGCUGA